UUGCCGCAGGCAGACGCGCGAAGCUAGCGGGAAGCAGGCCGGUGGCGGCGCGGCGAGCUGCGCCCAUUUCCACCCGCGCCCGCCGCCCGCCGCAGAACCACGAUGUUCCGGAUGCUGAGCAGCAGCUUUGAGGACGACCCCUUCUUCGCUGAUUCUUUUCUUGCACACCGAGAAAGUAUGCGCAACAUGAUGAGAAGUUUCUCUGAACCUCUUGGAAGAGACUUGCUCAGUAUCUCUGAUGGUAGAGGAAGAACCCAUAAUCGUAGAGAACAUGAUGAUGGUGAAGAUUCCUUAACUCAUGCAGAUGUCAACCCUUUUCAGACAAUGGAUCGGAUGAUGGUAAAUAUGCGAAAUGGUAUACAGGAGUUACAAAGAAACUUUGGCCAACUUUCAAUGGAUCCAAAUGGGCAUUCAUUUUGUUCUUCCUCUGUUAUGACCUAUUCCAAAGUAGGAGAUGAACCACCAAAGGUUUUCCAGGCCUCAACUCAAACCCGUAGGGCUCCAGGAGGAGUAAAAGAAACCAGAAAAGCAAUGAGAGAUUCUGACAGCGGACUAGAAAGAAUGGCUGUUGGUCAUCAUAUCAAUGACCGAGCUCAUGUCAUUAGAAAGUCAAAGAACAGCAAGACUGGAGAUGAGGAGGUCAACCAAGAGUUCAUCAAUAUGAAUGAAAGCGAUGCUCAUGCUUUUGAUGAUGAGUGGCAAAAUGAAGUUCUGAAGUACAAGCCUAUUGGACGGUCAGGAAACACUGGAAUGCGAAGCGUGGGUCAUGAGCAUCCAGGGUCACGGGAACUCAAAAGGAGAGAGAAAAUUCAUCGAAAUUCGGCCAUUGAGAGUGGAAGAAGAUCAAACAUUUUUGUGGACAAACUCAAUGUCAAAGGAUCACCUGUGAAAAUCACCAAAAAAUAAAUAGCCGUGCAUUUCAUUUGUUUAGUUGGUUAUUUUAGCAAAGUCAUGGCAUGGUGCUAGAAAAUACACAAAAGACCAACCUCCUGUUGUUAAAUCAGUGCUGUACUUUGCAACUUUCUUCCGAAUCUGAAUGUUCUUGUAAGUUUUAGCUUUACAUUGUUCAUACUUUAGGAAUAAAAUUUUGAUGUUCAACAAUGUGGAUAAAUUGGUUAACUGUCUAUAUAAAAAAAGAUGUACUUUAAAACACACAUGCUGAUUGCACUUUCUCAGUUAUUUUGAUAUGGGAAUAUAUAAAUAAAACUGACUCAAAUAUAGUAUAUAUUUCAAUAAUAGAUAUACUACAUAUAUCUCUAGUGUAAAUCCAUAAACCCUUGCAUACUUAGCAUGGUGAUGGUUCUGUGUAGUGGUAAAUUGUUAAAUCUCUCUGAGCUUGCUGUACCUGCCCAAGAGCUCUGGAUUCACAAAUGAAGGACACACACACACACACCCCACAGUGUUAUUUUUAAUAUACCUUACUAGCUCAAUGGUUGGGCACUUCUAAAUCUCCCCACACCUAGCAUACACUUUUCUCCAGUAUUCCUGAGUUAACGCUUUCUAAAUCUAUUUCUGCUACCAGAGACUCCAUCAGGGGCGUAGCCUCUGGGGCCACUUCCCUGACUCUUAAUUCUGUUCUCUCUGCUUCCCUGUCAUGGCAUGGUCCAUCCUAUGCCCCUCUCAUGGGGGAAUUCCUUUUUCCUCCUGCAUUUCUUGCCCUGGAAUCCUAAAAGUCCAGCCUCUUUUACCCUGCCCAGCCACUGGCCUUUGACUCUAAUAUUAAUUAAAAACACGUUGGGGAUGGGGACCCUCAGCAUUUAGACAUGCAGAUUACUGAGUGAUUUUGGGAGCCGAAUUAAGACAAAGCAUUAGAACCAAUCCCCAGAAGUUCUGAACUGGUUCUGUCACAUAGUACACAGAAGUAAGAUAUUAAAAUAAAAUACAAAAAGUGUUAACACCACAGUAGAGUAGUGUAAAUCAAAGUGUAAUAUUUCUCAAAUUUUAUAAUGUGCUAUAUAAUUAGCUAGCUUAAAACCUUAAAAUGAUAAAACUAUAUUAGUGAUCCAGGCAUGGUAGCUCAGACCUCUGAUUCAGAAAUCCUAGUGGGUGAGGCAGAAGAAUUGCAGUGACUUUGAGGUCUUGGACUAUAGACUAAGACCCUAUCUCAAAAAUAAAUUAUUUAUACAUAUAUACAUAUAUAUUAUUAGUAUUUUAUAAAAAAUUACUUUGAAAAAGACCAGAAAUAAUCAGUUUCUUUUCAAGAAAAUAUGUUAAACUGCUAAUGUACAUGAAUUUCAUUAUAAUUUCUGCAUAUGGUAUAGGGGUUGUUCCAUAUCACAUUCAUAUAAUUUAUUAUAAUUUAUAUAUCCUGUCUCUCUAAAUUUUUAAUGUUGCAUAUUUCUGUCUUGUUGAUGCUUAAUGAAAGACUUCUUGUACACUUAAAAAAAAAAGCACAUUUUCUGUUUUGAAAACUAUAGUAAUUGAUUUUCUCAAAAUUUAUUAUAUGUGUUUUCCUGAGCAAGGUAGUAAUGACUCAGUUGCUCCUCUUUUAGUUAUACCAUUUAAGAAUUCAGUUAGCCAUUUUACUCUGGAAUUCAAGCACUAACCUAUCUUUAUAGAAGUUGGGGAUGACGUUUAUAAGAAUAUAGAGAGCUUAGUUCUUUCAUAAUUUUUAUCAAGGAAGAAAAUCAUCAAAAAAGGCUAGCAUUAUUCUAUAAGCCUCAUGAUUUUCUAAAGAGUAAAACUACAUUCACGCUUCAGUAGCUAACUAUAAUAUAUGCUUGUUAAUUUUACUGAUUUUUGUAUUAUGUACACAAUUGGUCAUUAAACUUUCUAAAAGUG